AUGAAGCUUCUUGGGAUUGCGGUUUUCCUUUUUUCUACACUCACUUCAUGUUACUGCAAAGGCUGUUUGGAUUUCGUGUUCUCUAACGACACCGUUUACGCUUCCUGCACCGUUCUCCCCGUCCUCAGCUCCGUCCUGCACUGGAACUACCACCGCGAGAAUCACACGGCGGAUAUCGCCUUCCGGCACGGCGCCGUCACCUCCUCCGACUGGGUGGCGUGGGCCCUCAAUGUGAACGGAUCCGGGAUGAUAGGCGCGCAGGCCAUGGUGGCGUUCAGCGACUCCAACGGCUCCGUCCAGGCUUACACGGCUCCUGUGUCGUGGUUCAAUACUCGGCUUCACCCUGGCCCACUCAGUUUUCGGGUGCCCAAGAUUUCCGCCAACUUUUCCGGCGACGAGAUUGUCAUCUUCGCUGCGCUGGAGCUCCCCGCCGGGCGCACGCGCUUCAACCACGUCUGGCAAGACGGGUAUGUCGCCUGGUCCGCCCCUCGUAUGCACGCUAUGUACGGAGACAACUUGCUGUCUUCCGGAUCCGUGGACUUCGCCGUCUCCGGCGAAUCCAGCCCCGCCGCCGAAAUUGACGCCGGUGGCCCAUCCGAUCCUUGGUUACGCAGAAAACGCGUUCACGGCAUCCUGAACGGCCUGAGUUGGGGAGUUAUGAUGCCGAUUGGUGCAAUGACAGCUAGGUACGUGAGGGUGUUCAAGUCCAUCGAUCCAGCCUGGUUUUAUCUACACGUCGGAAUCCAAACAUCGGCCUACCUCAUCGGAGCCGCCGGAUGGAUCACGGGCCUUAAACUCGGCCAUGAUUCCCCAGGCAUUACACAUCGCCAGCAUAGGAACCUCGGCAUCACCCUCUUCUGCCUCGGAACCCUUCAGGUGUUAGCGGUGAUAUUUCGGCCAAAACCGGAGCACAAGUACAGAUUUUACUGGAACGUGUACCACCAUACGAUUGGGUACACAACCAUUCUGUUAAGCAUCUUAAAUGUGUUUGAGGGGCUUCAUAUUUUGGAGGGUCCCAAGACUUUUUACACCGUGGUCAUCAUCGUCCUACUCGCCGUGGCAGUGACCAUGGAAGGCGUCACGUGGCGGAUUGUCCUCAACAGAAGAAGCGAUGAUGAUGAUGAGACCAAUCAAUCCGAUAUUAAUGGACAUGCUGCCUAG